GCGAAAAACUCGAGAGAGAGAAAUCCAUCUAUCGAACAUUGAAUAGAAUAUCUGUACUAUUAUAGUGCCAGGCCAAAUUACAAUCCGAACACCAUUAUAGUUGUGUCAUUAUCUUGCUUUACAAAUUACCUGCUUUCAGUUGAACCCCUCCGUGAAGUUACCUGCUUUCAAUUGCAAACAAUUGCCCUCUCUUUCAUGGACGAAGCAGAAGCUACAAGUCCUCCUCCGUUUCUGGAGGUCAAAUGUCAGAGUUCAGGCAUGAAACGCCGCUUCGCGAAGGGGACAGAGGCAGGUUUUGCAGUCUCACUGAUAAACAAGAAAUUGGGUUUGGGGGACCCACUUGCUGUGCAUAUUGAAGCCUUUAAAGAAGGAGAAGAGCCCAUCAGUUUUGGACCCAGCUCGGCUCUCGUCGAUUAUGGCAAUGGCUGGAGGUUACAGACCGUUUCCCAAGUGGAUUCUUCUGGGAUUGGAGGUGGACAAGGGGUUGGAAGGCCAAUGGCAAUGCCACUUCCUGGAGUAAUGCGUUCUGACAAGUUACAUGUUCCAAAGAGGGUAUCGAAACCAGAAAUCAAUUUUAUGUACAUUGGAAAAAUAAUAUUAGCUUUCAUUUUGAUUUUUGUACUUGGUGCAAUUUUCACGUUGGCUCUUGAGUACCUUCCUAGACUGAUUUCUUUUUUCAGUUUAUCUAUGUAAUUUAUUUUGUUAUUCUUUGAACACUGUAAAACAUAAUUAAUUUAUGUCAAUGUCUUAAGUAAACGAAAAACAGAAAAAGGAGAAAUUCUUUCCAA